UUACAUUACACCGGCAUCAGCUGCAGCGAUGAAUUAUUUGCUAUUUCUGAAUUAUACCAGACGCUCUAUUUCCAUUGCAUCCAAAUAGAAUUAAUUCGUACAUUCCGCCUCCAGCCAGAUCUAAAUGUAACACAGUGAAUAGACACUGCCUCAACUCCAAUGCUGCAGAUCGCUGCGACUGCUUAAAACACACACGAAAGGUGUUGAUGUUACAGCGAAGUAGCCAGAAAUCAGCUGUAAGGGGAAUCUUUGUUACAAUUCUCCGAUACUGAACCCGCAGCAGAAACAUAUCCCUGGGGGUGAAAAAAAAUCCUGUUCUAAUUACAGAUCGAAUUUAGAAUUCAGUGUUGGAUGGUCCCGGAGUUUGUUUUGUGAAGUUAAGCCGCGGGAACUCUUUAUACCCUGAUUAGAAUGGAAAUACACCUGACACAGCUUGUGAUUCUUCUGGGAAACAAGGCUUCCAUUCAGCGUGUUGCGAAUGGUGUAUCUGAUUAACAGGUGUAAGACAAGGCUCACUAGACGUGUCCUUCCUUCGCCGAGAUCACAGGUGGUGCGGGAGGAGUCCAUCGGUGAGCUGAUGUUUGUCCACUUGUAACUUGUAGGCUGAUCUGGCGUGCAGCAUGCAGCACUAACUAAUCUCUCAAAUAUCCGGCUUCAAUCCCCCCAUUUUAUGUAUGAAGGCUUGUCCAGAUUUGUGGAUCAACGCUCACGUUCACUGCCGCCCAACCGUGUGGAGUAGAGAGCGUUUUAAUGUCUGUGAUAUUUUCACCAGCGUCGCUUUGUGUAAAUAACCUUGAGGGGAAUGUCGAGGCUGAUGUGAAUUAAUUCACCGAUUGAUCAAUACAUUUCCUUCGCGUUUGGUUCUAAUUGUAAAGUUGUGAAUUGUUACCAAAACAAUCGACAGGGCUUUAGAUUCAUUGUCAAUGUAAUCACGUGUUUUAUAAUACAUCCGAUGUCCAUUCGAUUUUAUAAUCUGGAUGUGACUUGUAACUAACUGACAGCGCAGGUUUCUGCUGGAAUAGAACCAGAGAGACGGGGAACAGAUUCACCUGACACAACCCCUGAGUUAGUUCUUGCAACAGAACAAGUAUUGGCGAUCGCAUCCACUCCCACUUUCUUUGUUGCAAUUAAAAUCUUGAAGCGGCGCCACGGGGAACAUGCUGGUUGCUGGCGCUGAAGUGGCACUUCACCCGGGCAGAGACUUGUUACAGGACGCGCUGACACUGAACACAGCCUGAAGAACGGUCCCGACCCGAAACGUCACCUAUCCAUGUUCUCCACAGAUGCUGCCUGGCCCGCUGAGUUACUCCAGCACUCUGUGUGUUUUUUUGUAAACCAGCGCCUGCCGUUCCCUGUGACUGGACAGCGUUCGCCAUGAUUCCCACCUUGAUGCUGUUGAUGUUCUUCCCGGUCCUGCAGAGGUCGAUGCCUCGCUGUUCGCCCGCCGUGUUGUACAGAGACUGCUGGCUGAGCCAUUUACCUGGUGUUCUAGUUGACCUGCCGCUGUCCAGGAGCAGGGGUGCCGAGUUGCUCAACCACUACCACGCACAGAGCGCCGGACACUGCACAAGGACCUGUUGCCGGCUUCCGAACGACACAUGUAACGUGGCUGUGUUCAGCUCAGUCCCCGCUCGGGGAGCCUCCAACUGCCUCCACCUACACUGCCCAAGUCAGCAAAGCUGCAUCAUGAGGAGAACGCUUGACUUUACACUGUUUAACGUGACCAGAGGAGAGGACGCAGACUCGCUUGUGUUUGGAGGCCGGCCUGACAAAGCAGGAGGACCCGGGCCGAGACUCCCCACCGGCAUGCCACACUCUGUGGACAAGCCGCGCUCCUACCACAGGUAUGUUGUCCCACCUUCACCCCAAUCAACACUGUCCACCUCCAACAGUGCACUGCUCACACUCACAGUGAGGACCCCGCUCCCAUCUCCAGCCAAGCCGGCGGCCGUCACCGGCUCUGUGGACAUUGGCAGGGGGGCAAGCACUAGCCCAGGGCGACCAGCAGAUGGGUUGGACCCGGAGGUUGGGCCAACCCGGGAAGACUCGGCUCAUCUCAAGUCGACUGCCACCACCUACUCUUUGGGAGAAGCCAGCAGCUCUGGAGGGGCCACGGGCAGGAACCAGACCACCAUGGCAUCGUGGCAUGUGGACCUGAAGGUGCUCCUGGUGCCGCUACUCAUGCUGAGUGUGAUGGUCGCGGCUUCCGUGUGCGCUGUGGUUUGGGGGGUUACACGUUGCAAGAAAAAGCAAGGCUCUUAUAAACCUCACCAGCUUCACGCUGCUGGGAAAUACAAACAUACAGACAGAUAUUUCAAAUAGGGCGACUUGACAAGAACAGGAACAGGCCCUUCGGCCCACAAUGCCUGUGCCGUCACAAUGCUAAAAAAACAAGCAAUUCUCCACUGCCUGCAGGCGACCAUGUCCCUCCAAUCCUUACAUAUCCAUGUAUCUAUCUAAAAGCCUC